AUGAGAAAACCCAUGAGAGAAUGGGACGUUAGGGUUGAAGCUCACGGCUGGAACCUGAUACGUGACACGUGGGACCUGCGGCGCUGGGAGUUCGACGUGGUGCUGACCCGUCUUCACGCUGAGUUCGGUGUCUCCCCCUUCUUCGAGGUCACGGUGGUGCCCGACCCGCGCAGGGAGGGCCUGAAUAUCAUUAAGCUCUUACCGUCGGGAUUCUCAUUGCCUCACCGUAGUUAUUACGACCGUAUGCCCAACAACCCGGUAGAGCAAGCCUACAAACAAUACAUUAAGGACACGGUUAAACUCUUCGAUGCCAGCGGACCCGACGCCCUUGAGUUCGCCGCCCUCCUCUACCACUACGAGAGUCGAAUCGCCGAGAUCACGCCUUCAGAGAGCAUCCUUCGGGAUCCCCUGUCUUCGAACCAUCUCAUCUCCAUCGGGGAACUCUCGCAGAUCGCUCGUAGUGUCCCAUGGCUGGAUCUCCUGAGGAACAUCUUUCCCAACAGUAAAUUAGAUCACAGGACAGACGUGUUGGUUGUGUCUCGAGAAUACUUCAGUGACCUUUCUGAACUUAUCUCGACGACAGAUAGAAGCCUCUUGAAUAACUAUCUCAUCUUCAGCUUCGUGACAGCUUUCAUGCCAUAUCUGUCCGCUGAUAACAAAAGAGUAUUGGAUCUUUACCACAGGGAGUUUACAGGCGUCCAAGAACCGAUGGAAAGGUGGGAGUUCUGUAUACAAACGACAAACAAAUUCUUCAGCUUCGGCCUCGGUUCUCUCUACGAAAGGUCGCCAGGCAGACUGAGGGUUCGACAACGAAACGAUUAUGUUCUGCACAAGAUCUUCAAUCAAAUUCGCUACACUUUCGCGAAUAACUUAGCUAACAGCCGAUGGUACCCGCUGGAAGUAAAGGCUCAGUUGACAUCAAAGCUCAAUAACAUGACGCUAGCAGUGGGUUAUCCGAACCGCCUGUUGGAUCUCGGUGUCAUAAACGCGUAUUACGAAGACUACACCAUUUUCAUUAAGGAUUUCUUCCAAAACUUGCAGGACUCCAUCCGAAACGCCCAACGCCAGCUGGAGAUGAAACUGAUCGAGCCGAUGCCAGAGUCGAAGUGGAUGGACGCGCUUUCGGAGGAGUCGGUGUCGUAUAUUCACGAGGCGAACAAAAUCGUGAUUCCGCCGCACCUUCUAAAUCCGCCGCUCUUCCACCGCAAUUAUCCCAUGCUUUAUUCAAUUACCCAAAUUAAUCCUCUUACAAUGUAUUCAUUCCUCUUCCUGUAA